AUGAAAGCUGCUAUUUUUAUCAUAGUCUUGAUUGCUUUAGCAUCCGCUUAAAAGGAAAGUUAGUUUGGAGUAAUUGAAAAUUUGUUUAAAAACUCAAAAGAGUAAGUAUAUGAUCUCUUUGAAAAGAUUAUCCAUUAAGGUACUUCUUGCGAAAUUGUUACUGCUGCUUCUUGUUUUGGUGAUCUUAAAGGUCUUUUCGGUGACUGCACAAGUGCUAUUUCAACUUCUGGUGUUAAUUUAAUGUCUGAUUUCUUGUGCAUUAAGUCCCUUUGGAAUUUAGACUCCUCAAAAAUUAAAAAAUGUCAUGGUUGCGUUUGUGAUUUUGCAAUUGCUGCUAAAUUUUACUUGCCCACCUGCUCAAAUGAUAAAAAACUUUUGCAAUCUGGAGUCAAUGUUUUUGAAGAAUUAUUACAAUAAUAAAUUUGA